CACACACACACACACUCAGUCAGCAUGGUGGCCUACGCAGCAGCGCCGGGCGACAUGGAGACGGGCUUUGGGAACAGGGUGGUGGUGCUGGUGGAGAAGAAGUCCUCCACGGGGCCAGUGUGGAAGGUGGCCGGGGGGCUCUCCGUGGCGGCCCUUUGCCUGGGGGGGGUCCUGCUGCUCGCCUGGCACUGGAGUGCAAAGACACAUUUAAAGACUCAACCAGGACACACGGAGGCGCUCGUGAAGAACGACACCGGGAGAACAGACCCUCACAGCACCCUGAGGAGCAUCAGCAGCAAGGCCAAGGCCGCCAUCCACCUAGAGGGCAGCUGCGAGGACGACUGCGAGAGUCUGCGCGGCCGGCUGCAGUGGCACAGCGGCCAGGGCCAGGCGUUCGCCCAGGGCGGCUUCCUGGUGGCCGACAACCGCAUCGUGGUCCCUCAGACCGGCCUCUACUUCAUCUACAGCCAGGCGUCCUUCAGGUUGGCGUGCGGCGGUGGCGGCGGCGAGGAAGAGGAGGAGGAGGAGGCGGUGACGGCGGGAAGAAGACGCCACGCGCCCCUCAGCCACCGGAUCUGGCGCUACUCGGACUCCCUGGGUCGGAAGGCGUCGCUGAUGAACGCCGUGAGGUCGGCGUGUCAGAGCGGCGGCGCCCGGGAGGAGGGCCAGGGCUGGUACAACGCCAUCUACCUGGGCGCCGCCUUCCAGCUGCGCCGCGGCGACACGCUGUGGACGGAGACCAAUCAGCUGGCGGCGCUGGAGGCCGAGGACGGACGCACCUUCUUCGGCGUGUUCGCGCUCUGAUGGCGUCUCUUUAAGUAUGUUCUAAUCAUUUGUGUGUUAUUAUUCAUCUCAUGGUGAUGAUCAGAGAGGGUUACGUCUCCAUGGAGAUGAAGCGGGUAGCGGAUCAACAACAACAACAACAAUACUAUGAACUGUAACAGUUUGCGAUAUUCGUUUAUAUUUUUUUCCCUUUUUGUACAUUAUUUAUGUGACAACAAAAAACUGUAUGUAUUUAUUUGUAUUUAUUUAUAUUUAAAUUGUUGGG